AUGCAUCCUUACCGAGUACUCUGGUACCUCCUCGCGUUCCUUCCCUGGACAUCCGCCUUCUGUCCCCUCCACGGACCCGUCUUCCCAGCACCUAAGGACCUCGCAUCCUCAUCAGUCUUUCAAGCAGCGCUGCGUAACCUAACUAUUGCUUAUGAUACUGGACUUGCUUCUACCAGCGGUGCCAUCGCGGUUCAAAUAUUCGCUUCCGACUCCUCCGUUCCUUUGUUCGAAUACUACCGCGAUGGAACUACACUUUCCAACACAACCGGUGUGAAGAAGGUCGAUGGAGAUUCUAUUUGGCGAAUAGCGAGUAUAUCGAAGCUAGUCACGGUGUAUUUGCUGUUGAAAGAGGUUGGCGACGCGUACUGGAAUGUACCGGUUACGGACGUGAUUCCGGAGUUGAAGGGUAAUGUGAAAUGGCGAGAGAAUGAGGUGGAUUUUGUGAAGUGGGACGAUGUGACGCUAGGUGCGCUGGCGGGACAGAUUUCGGGAGUGGUGAACGACUUGGUAGCUCUUGAGGGUGCAAAUCCGCUGAUGGAUCCAACUAUCCAGGAACAACUUGGCCUCCCACCGCUGCCGGAGGAAGAGAAACCGCCUUGUAUGGUCUCUGCGGAUCCAGCGAUAGGCUUCACUUGCUCCCGAGAGGAGUUCUUCGCAGCGCUGGAUUCCCGGCAGCCUGUUUUCCAUGCGAAUACUAAGCCGAUAUACAGUAGUACGCCGUUCAUUAUACUCGGCUAUGCACUGGAGUCGAUUGCCGGGAAGUCCUUUGGGGAUUGUUUGCAGGUGGUCAUCGAUGCGCUCGGACUGGCUGGAACUUCGCUGGAGGCCCCGGACCCAUCGAGAGCUGUGAUUCCGUACGACCUGGCGUCCACUGGGUUUUUGCGGAAAUCUGGGGAGGCUGGGCCUACGGGUGGUCUUUUCUCCUCCAUCAAUGACCUCUCCAAGUUGGGACGCUCGAUUCUCAACUCCACAUUCUUGAGUCCAAAUACCACUCGCGCGUGGUUGAAGCCUGUGUCGUUUACAUCCGACAUGCGAAGUGCUGUGGGCCGUCCUUGGGAGGUUUAUCGGGUCGAUACAACGUCUAGUCGCGGCGUGAUCGAUAUCUUUGGGAAAGGCGGGGAUUGGGGCGUGUACCACACGUGGCUAGGACUGGUCCCGGACUAUAACAUUGGGUUUGUCUCAGCGGUCGGCGGGGAAGGCGAUAAGGACUGGCUGAGCGGGCAGAUCCUAGACAUCGUGCUUCCGGCAUUGGAAGAAGCGGCGCGGGAGCAAGCAGAUGCAGCAUAUGCCGGGACGUACCGCGCUCCGGGAGGGUUGAACUCAACGAUGACUCUUUCCACGAAGGCUGGCUUACCUGGUUUAGGAGUCGAGCAGUGGAUCAGCAAUGGAACGAACAUACUUCCGGUCAUCUCUGAGCUGACAGGCGAGUCUCUUACGCCUGAGACAUUCCGGCUCCUACCCACCAACCUUGAGCGGAAGUCGAGGAAUGGAACGAUGGAGAUCGCUUGGAGGACAGUAGCAAGCUCAUCGCAGCCUGGCGAAGGACUGAGCGCGUUGUCGGCAUGCGGGAGUUGGUUCAACGUCGAUGGUACGUCAUAUGGGAGAUAUGCGUUUGAUGAGAUUUUAUUCACUCUGGGACCGAACGGCAAGGCGGUAAAGACUAGCCCGCGGGCUUUUAAAGUGGAGUUGCGAAAAGGGAGCUAA